ACAUCGUUUGCGUUAUUUGUCUGUUCAGCUGUCUGACUAUCAAUCCACUAGCCUUCAAGGCGGAAUUGACUGUGGUAAGCUGUACAAUGGAUACUCUCAUUGUCAGGGUAACAAACGCCUCCAGCACUGGGAUUAUCUAUGUUCUUGGUCAAGGAGACUCUUGCCGAUUUGACACGUCACCGGAUAUAGAGUUUUACCAAUUUGACUUCGCUUCCUGUGGAAUUUCAUGGCAGCUGGUCCUGAGGAUAAUCAUACAAAAAGAGAAACUCUACCAGACCGGGGAUGAUAAGAAAAUUCCGGUCCUGUGCGUGGCUGAUACAAGCAACAUCGUGGCAUCCAACCUCCUAGGGGCUGACACAGUUGAUAGUGCGGGACUGAACGUGACGGUACGUCCGAAUGCCCGGAUGCGGUUUUUCAAGGCCGUGACAGAGGAAGAGGUCAGCGGUCACGAGGUCAAACUAACGGAUCGACUAAUCAUGACAUUAAAGCUGGACACAGAAUACAAAGAUGACUUUGACAUUAAAGCCAGAUACUGUGCAGCAGGCGGGAUCAUGAUCAUCGACAACUAUUGUGCCACUGAUCCUGGAUUGUUUCCGAACUUCAUGAAAUACGGUCAAGGUUUUCUCAUCGCGGAGUUCGGGGCCUUUCGGGAAACGUCGCUGGAGGGUGGUGUAGUGACUAUGAAUUUCACGUGUGUUCUGGAAUUCUGCAAAAAUUACUGCAACCCGUCCUUAUGUGGAGAUGUAUAUGAAGGCUGGGGUCGAAAAAGACGGUCGUCAACAUUAGAAGGAACCCAUCUUGGUUACAUUUUGGCCACAGGUUCAUCGCAUGACGUCAUUCGUCGCCGAAGCAAGCGUCAGUCUGGCAGCAAUGAUGACGACAUAAACGUGGGGGCGAGGAUCGAUGUUGUCGAUAAAUACUCGAAGAUAAAGGUUAUAACCGAAGAUGAUUUUUGCUGGCAGGUCUCUUCCUUCAUAUUCUUAAAUGUCGGGAUCGGCCUCUGUAUAUUAUCUACGUCCGGUGGAUGUAUAUAUUUCUACUAUCGUGUGUCGAGUUACAAGACCAUUAUAAAGAACAUGAAGGGCAAUCUGAAGGGCCUCUCAGCAAGUGACGUUCUGAAUCUAAAACGAGGCGACAGCAUUCGUGUGAACAGGUGUUGAGAUUGUUGAAAGUACCCUCUGUCGUUCCUUGAAUGCCCAAACUACUGUAACAUUUUCUUAGACAAAACGAUAAAAUGGGCUGUUUUCAUACGUAUUCAUAUUAUAUUUAUCAUUCUUAUUCACGAGUAAAUGUUUCCUCCUUCACAACAAGGUAUGAUGUCGAUGUUUAUAAGUUUUUGCUGCACAUCUUUAUUUCAACAAAAUAAAGGUGAAGAAAAAAUU